CAAAGGUAAUAUAUAAUCUGAAUGUUAAGAACGACGAACUGGAAAUUUACCAAACUCGCAUGCAGCAUGACUACGAAAAGAAGAUGUGGAAGCUCACUGCUGAUGUGCAGCAGCACGUCAGCAACGCUGCCUCCCUGAUGCGCACCGAGUCGACUCGCUCGGCUGAAAUGUCUCAGCUGCGGGCCCAUCUGGACGAACAGAUGGCGCUGUCUAAUAGCCUUGCUGAGGAGCUCAAACGGACCAAGCAACAACACGAAGCGGAGCUGUCUGCCGCCGCCGAGGAGUCGGAGCGGCGGCUGGCGGCGCAGCGGGCGGCGCUGGCCGAGGCCGAGGAGGUGCAGCGCUCGCAGUCGGACAGGCUGACGGAGGUGGAGACGGAGCUGGCGGCCGAGCGGGCGGCGCUGCUCCGGAGCGGCCAGCAGAGGGACGCCCUCCAGCAGAACGUGCUGCGACUGGAGCGUCAGCUGCGGGAGGAGGCCGACCGGGCGCAGACUUGGCGCGCGGAGAGCGAGCGCGCCGCUGCCGAAAGCGAGAGGACGACGGAGGAGGCGGCAAUGCUCAGGCGGGAGCUGGCGUCUGAGCAGCAGCGGUCGGAGCAGGUGCGGUCCGAGCUGGAUGAACGCCAACGGCAGCUGGAGGAGACGCUCUCCCGGGAGCAGGCGCUCGGCGCCCGGCUGACGGAGCGGCAGCAGGAACUGGACCGGCUGACCUCUGAACUGUCCGCCUCGGUGGCCGAGCUGCGGGACCGGGACGGACGGCUGGAGCUGCAGGAGGGCCGGCUGCGCGACCAGGACGCCCGGCUGGUCACGCUGACGGAGCACCUGCAGAGCCGCUGCGAGCAGCUGCACAGCGCGCAGGCGCAGCUGGAGGCGGCCCGACAGCAGGCGCGCCAGCAGACCGCCGAGACGGAGCGUCUGACUGAGCGACUGCAGACCCUGCAGACCGAGGGCGCCGCCGCGCGCAGCCGCGCCGACCAGCUCUCCCAGCUGCUCAUCGCCAGGGACGCCACCAUCAGCCAGCUGGAGUCUGAUCUGGCCGCUGCCGAGUCUGCCGCCGCUGAGGCCAGGGCCGCCGCCGAGUCUGCCGCUGCCGCGUCCGAGGCCAAUCCUGCGGGGACUGAGACCGAGUCGGCCACAGCAGACCUACAGACGGAACUGGAGCAGACCCAGCGCCUGCUGGAGGAGUGUCGGAGCGAGCUGGAGGAGGCGCGGCAGCAGCUGGAGGAGUUGGAGACGCAGCGGGAGGAGCAGUCGCAACUGAUGCAGGCCGCGCUGGAGGAGAGCGCCUCUCUCGAGUCCGACUGCCGCCGCCGGGUGGAGGCCCUGCAGACGGUGACUGCCGAGCGCGAGCAGCAGCUGAUGGACGACGCUGAGACCCGGCUCAGGGAGGUGCGCCGAGACUGCAAACGCAAACUGGACGAGCAGCAGCGCGCGGCAGAGGAGCGCCUGGCCAACAUGCGUCACACGGUGGAGGCUGAGCUGGCGGCCCAGAGAGAGGAGCUCGACCAGCGCAGCGCCAGCGUCGACAGGAAGCUGGCUGAGAUGGAGUCUCUCCGUUCGUUUGAGGCGGAGGUGGUGCAGCUGCGAGGCCUCACUCACGAGCUGAUGCGUGAGCUGCGCGUGGGCACGCGCCAGGUGGAGCUGUGUCGAACACAGGAGGCGCGCACGGCAGAGGAGAACCGGCGGCUCACUGAACUGGUCAACAAACACAAUAGCACGGUGGCCAGUGUACAAAAGGAGCAGCAACAGCUGCGACUGCAGCUGGAGCAGCAGCUGCGGCUGCAGGCUGAACAGGAGCGCGCCGCCCUGGACGCCCAGUGGGAGGACCGGCUGCGAGAGGAGCGGCGCACGCUCAAGGCCGAGCUCGACUGUCUGCACUCGGAGGAGAAGCACCUGGCCGUCGAGUCGAUGCGGCUGGGUCGGGAGCAGCGGCUACAGGAGGCCGAGCAGUGCGCCCGGCAGCUGCAGAGGCAGCUGGAGUGUGCCGCUGAUGAGCUGAGAGAGCAGCAGAACCGCCACGAGAUGGAGCUGGAGGAGCGGGAGCGAGAGGCGGAGACGGUGAUCGCCAACCUGCACCGUCAGCUGCAGGCGGCCACCGCCACCUCCGGAACGGAGAAAACAACAGGGCUGGUGGCGGUGAACGGCGGUGUAGGGGAUGCGAACGGGAACGGCAGCGCCGCACAGACGCCGUCACUCGGCCGAUCGCCGGACGGCAGUGAUGACGAGGAUGGUGGCGGCGACGCCCGAUCCCGGAUCGAGCACGCGCUGCGGCACCGUCCGCCGCUGCGGGCCGCGCUGUCAGCGCUGCUGGCGGAGCGGGACCGGCAGCUGGCGCUGCUGCAGCACCAGCUCAGCGCCGCCGGCGAGCAGCACCGCUCGGAGCUGGCCGAGCGGGCGGCGGCGGCCGACCGGCGCGCCGAGCUGCUCCGCCAGCAGCUGUCGGACGCCGCCGACCGCGCCGAGCAGCUGCAGCGGCAGCUGGCGGCGGCGCACGGGCGCGCCGACCAGCUAACCGGCGAGGUGGCCGAGCUGAGACGGGAGCACGAGCAGCUGGCUGAGCGGGCGGCCGAGAGCGACCGCCAGCACCUCAGUGAGCUGGAGUCGGUACGAGCCCAGUGUCGGCUCCAGGUGGACAGUAUGCAGCAGCGUCUGUCCGGCCGGCUGGCGCGGCUGCAGGCCGCCGGCCGCGCCGCCGCGGACCGGAUCGCCAACCUGGAGAGACUUGCAGCGGAGGCGGCCGACCGGCAACGUCCUGAGGACGCCGCCACCAUCCUCCGGCUGCAGGAGGCGCUCCACCACACCGAACUGCAGAUGGACGCGCUCCGCCGCGAGAAGCAGCAGAUCGGCCUCGAGCUGGCCAACCGGGACGCCAGCUACAGCCGGCUGUUCCCCACUGGCGCGCCGCGCGUCGGCGUCAUCGAUCCCACGGCGGCCAGCGGCGGCGGCGGCGGCCGGGCCCCGCCGCCGGCGCCGCCGGCCCGCCAGCAGCGCCGGCCGGCCGGCCGGGCGGGCAGGCGCUGACACCCGGCCCGUGCCGCCGCCGGGCUCCGUACUGCCAUCUGUCGUCUGUGGUACAUGGUCCGCGGGUAUAACAGAGUCUAGUCUUCAGCUGUGAACUGCCGCCCUGUUACUUGUUGUAGCUCACUAAAUUGUUGCAAGUCUUUCCCGUCGCAAAGAGGUGGUAGCUUUUCACUUUUAUAUAGUGAAACUGGUAUCUUGAAGCUCGAGGGAACUGGUAUCGAAGAGUAGAAACAAAGCCAAAACCUUGUUGCUAGUCAUUGGAAGGUAGAAAAUGAGUUGCAGUAAACUAUAUAUUAUAACAUUUGUUGCCUUUUAAAUGCUGGUUUGUGCUGUUCUCUGUUAGCAACUAGGCAAUGAAUCGUUGUUAUUAUGAACUCAGGACUCAAAUGUAAUUCGAAUAUGCUGAUCUUGUGAGCUAAAACAGCGCUUAGUGCCUCGCACACGAACAUUAUGGUGCCUUACUUUGGUCGUUGCUGUGCCUCUAACAAUAAAUAAAUGAAAAGUAAAAACAG